UCAAGCUAAAACCAGUUCAGACGGCACGUCGAGUUUGUCCGAGUCUAACCCGAAGAUACCAUGUCCAGCAAACUACCCGGACUCGUGAAUCCCAGUGAUGUGUACACUGAAGAUGUUCUGAAAUGCAUAAAGGAUACUUUAAAACAGAAAAGCGGCGAGUUUACUUGCAAAUAUGACGGAUCGAGAGCGUCCGCACGAAAUGACGAAUCCUAUGUGACAGAGAUAACUGACGAAAGUAGGGCUUGGCGCGAAAAAUUCAAUCGCAGGAAAAGGAAUCUUCAUUAUGGUUUCUUCGCCGAUAAAGCGAAACCGUAUCAGACACUUGGAAAAGUUUAUCUCGAAUCUGGAGAACUUAUCCUUACUUCUCUCACGGACGACUUGAGGUGCAAGAUAACAAGGUUUCCCAUGAAAUCUAAUGUAAAAUGGAAAAAGACGACUAGAACGAAAAAGGGAACUCCCCAGUUAAAAUCCAUGGCAGGGGACAGGAUUGUAGAAAAAGCAGAUCCUAUUGAAGCAACAGCCGGUUUUGCGGCCAUCAAGCAAAGAUUAAACGAAGUUCACCUCAUGAGAAAGGGCGUUCACGCUAAUCAGAGUCUAAGUGGAUAUCUCUUUCGAAAGCAGGAACAGGCAUUAGAGGAAGCUGACAAGAAAGAUGAUAUGGCAAUGAAAGCUCCGCCUAAAAAUCAGUGGAAAAUUGUUCGAGCUGUCGGAAAAAUUAUGGGAGCAGUGAGAGGAAAAGAUUCACCUCAACCUAUGCCUGUGCUGGCUCGCGCUUUCCGGAAGAAAGGAACAAAACAAAAAUUUUCCAACGCUGGAAUCGGGACUGAACUUGAAGAUCUGGAAGAUAAGGAAGAAAAACUACUCAAAUGGCGACAAGAGAAGAAACGUUUAUAUUUGCAACAUAAGUUACAAGCAAUGAAUUCAAUAUUAUGUUGUCUUUAUAACAUGAAGUCGAAGAUGUUAAAACUCCAGCAUCCCCUACCAGGAAAACUUGUUCUAGAUCUUUUUCGUCAGGAUAUAACUCUGGACCAUUACGGAAAACCGAUGUCAUACCGUGGCGCGCUUGUGACUGACGACGCCAGUAUUUAUUCAGAUGGAUCAAACACUCCGGAGACUGGUGACAGACCACAGAAACCAAUAUCUGCUUCUUCCAACAUGACAACAGCUCUGGAAAGAAAAAGAAUGUCAUCCGUCGCAUUUUCAAAUUCUCCAAGAAGACCUCGUCUUGCUCAACUUGCAACAAAAUUUGCAUCAAAGACUACCAGUGAUUCUCCAACUCCAAGGGUAGAUACUUGGGAAGAAUUGUUAGCUGCUGGCGAACGUAGUAAAAAGACUUCAGCAUUGAGAUCCGGUGGGGCAGGCGGUGGAAAAUAUAGCAAAAGCAGCUCACGAAAAAGUGGUGCGUCAUCCACGCCAGCUGGUGCUUCAAACGAAAGUUAUCAACAAUGGACUUUAAUUGCGCAUACUGAAAAAAUUAUCGAAGAAAGAAGGAAAAUUGCAAUGUUGGGAAGUAUCAGCAAACGAACGGCAGAGAAUGUUCUCAAUGAUAUAAGACAUGAUUUUGUGAAAUUGCAAAAAAAACUUUCGAAAGACGUAGAUGAUGAUUUAAUAAAAAGAAAAGGCGAACAAUUCAAGCUCAUACAAAACAAAUUUGGAACCAUCAGUCUUGGACCAGUAACCAGUGUAGCUUUAGAAAAAAUGAGAUCAGAUGCAUACGUGUUGACCAGAGAUAGAAAAGAUAAUACCACGCAACCAAUGCCAUGGUUUAUAGAUUUGAAAGAAGAAGUUCGAGGCGAAACGGCCCUCAAGGACGAAACAAUCAAUUGUAUAUUUCGAAAGGUUGCCAGAUUUCAAUAUGAAGAUGGUAAAAAUAUCCCAUUUGGAAAGGAAAAAUUAUGCCUGCUGGUAAUGUCGAUGCCUGCUCACAUGUUAAUGAAUGCCAGCAUGAUACACGCCCUUUUAUUUGUUCUUGCAAAAGUGCUCGAAUCUGCUCCUGAGCUUCUUGAAUUUUGGUUGUCUGCAAGGAAGCUAUCUAACAUUCGAAGAGUUGAAACUUCGGCAACACCAAGAUCACCGAAUUAUUUGUAGAUUAUAAGUUAUGCCCAUGCAAUAAAACGUCAUUAUUUGUAUUGUGAAAUGAUUUAUGUUACCCGUAAAAUGCACGUGUAUUGUGAUGCAAGUUCAUUGUAUUUAAAAUUCAGGACGAAAAAUACUGCAUCG